UGCCUAGGUGGCCAAGAAGGCCAGUGGCAUCUUGGAGUGUGUCAGAAGUAGUGCAGCCAGCAGGAGCAGGGAAGUGACUGUCUGUACUCGGCUUUGGUGGGGCCAUGUGUCCAGUACUGUGUUCAGUUUUGUGGCCCCUCACUGCAAGAAAGACACCGAGGCCCUGGAGUGUGUCCAGAGAAAGGCAGUGAAGCUAUGAAGAGUCUGGAGCACAAAAUCUGAUGGGGAGCAGCUGAGGGAACUGGGGUUGUACAGUCUGCAGAAGAGGGCGCUCAGAGGAAACCUUAUUGCUCUCUGCAACUCCCUGAAAGGAGGUUGUGGUGAAGUGGGGGUCGGCCUCUUCUCUCAGGUAGCAGUGAUAGGAUGAGAGGGGAUGGUCUCAUGCUGCACAGGGGAGGUUCAUGAUGGAUAUUAGGAACAAUUUAUUUUCAGAAAGAGUGCUGAGGCAUUGGAACAGACUGCCCAGGGAGUGGUGGAGUCACCGUCCUUGGAGGUGUUUGAGAAACGUGGAGAUGUGGCACUGAGGGAUAUGGUUAGUGGGCGUGGUGUGGAUGGGUUGAUGGUUCAAUUAGAUGUUCUUAGUGGUCUUUUCCAACCUUAACGGUUCUAUGACUGAACUGUCUUUCACCUUUAAAACUAGCUUUCAAAUGGGCCUUCAAAUCUGAGCGUCUGCCAAAUUACACUGCACUUCUGUGUCAUAAUUUGUUCAUGUCUGCCAUUUGACUGUUUCUUAUAAAAAUCAGUUUUUGUGCUUUGAAAGACUUUGGGGGGGAAAGGAAAUCUAAAUGUUCUUUAAACACUAAGUCACGGGAAGCAGGAAAAACAGGAAAACAAACAAAAAAGACAGCAGGCAAUACUGUUGGACAGAGCUCAUUUGUCCCUGUCAGAUCAGAUGCUUGCAUCAAUGAAUUGUGUUUUAUGGCCAAAGGGUGAAUGCCUCUUAUUCAUUUGCUCAUUCCAAGAACUCAGACAAACUCUGAAUGAGUAUGGCUAACACAAUGCUGCCAGAAUAAAAUGCUUUUGUCAUCUGUUCCAUGCAUCUUUGUCAGAUAUUUCCUCCGAGGAAGUCAAUCUGCUCACUGUAUUUUGCUGGGUGGUAUCUGUUGGAGCUCAGUCACUAUAUGACAACUCAAACAGCAGCUGAAAUGUGCACUGUGUUGUGUGAAAGUGCAUCCAUCCUGCUGGCACAUUCCAUACCAGGCAGGGGUAGUUUUCUACUAAGUAAAUUCUUCUCAAGCCUUAAUAUCUUUGUCAGCGUGGUUGCAUAACUUAUGUUGGAGAGGUCUUUGUACCAACUGUAUAACUUCAAGUACACAUCCUCUUUUGCCAUGACUGUGAUGCUGUUUUGAUAACUAGUAUCUAUGGCAGGGGAUUUCCAUUGUUGCCAUCUUGUUAUUUUUAACAAGCCCUCUGUUUUAUCUCUGUGCUUUAGUUCUUGUACCACGUAUGAUACCCAAUUCAAAUCUGCUACAAUUAUGUUUACUAGAUUGUCUUUCUUAUUCAACAAAGGUAACUCUCCUGAGGUGACCUGAUGCAACUCCUGCUGCGCAGGGCCUGAUGUCUGCUGACAGCUGGGCCAAGUGGUUGAUCAUUGCAUCUGGACCGACCUCAGCUGAACUGCCAGCCCUGCUCAGAGCUGCUGGAGCAAUGCUGCUCCGUGCGCACAGGGCAGCUGGGAGUUGGACAACAGCAGAAGGGCAGUGGGGCACAGGUCACAGCAAACAGCACAGGGCUUGUCUUUCUGAGGGAGCCACUAUUAGCUUCCAAAUUGUGUAUCUUUCAAAGCCUUGUGAGUUGGAUGUCUUUAGAGUGAGUUAUAUGCAUAUAUUUUUCUACCAAACUUACAGUACUGAGAACUUUACAAGGCAGAACAUGCUCUAAACUGUGUAUUUUCCCUUAUCCUAAUGGCUGAAAUUGACACAGAUGGUUUCCCAUACCAGCAUUUUAUGUGUAUUGCUACAUAGUUGGUGUUUCUGAACACCAGGAGAACCAAUACAGACUUCAUCCUGUAACUCGAUUUCCAAAUGUCACAGAAUCAUGGAAUCAUAGGGGUUGGAAGGGACCUCCAGAGAUCAUUGAGUCCAACCCCCCUGCCAAGGAAGGUUCCCUACACCAGGCUUACUGGCAGAACAGUAAAGGUUACCAGGCUGAGCUGCCUGCUAACUUCCAUCAGAUCGAUGCGCUGAGUGCCCUAAGUCACUCCUGUUCAUAAGCAGCCUUGACGGUUUUAAAGGCUUGGCUUUAAAACACGGGGCUGAGGGCAGUGCGAAUAACACAGGAGUGAAGAACUAAGUCCAGUUUGAGACCACAGCCAUUGGCACUGUCUGCUGAGAGGGCUGUCUGACGCUUGACUCGCGCUUCCCCGCUCUCGCAGCACGCAGCCCACUCGCAGCUAUCCGGCGGAGCGGAAAACCACACCUCUGACCGCCGCCAUCUUGUGCCAUCCUUGCACGCUCCCGCCCUCCCAGGCUGUGGCACUGCGCGACAGUGCUGGGAGGUGCGGUUUACGGCUCUUGCCGUAAAGCAGCUCUGCCUGUGGAGCGCCGCCGUCGUCCUUGGGAGGGCAGUGGCGAUGAGCGGGAAUGGCGCGCAUGGGGCUCUGCAGCUGCUGCGGUCGCUGCCUAAGGUCAGCCUGGCCAACCUGAGGCCCAACCCGGGUUCAAAAAAGUCGGAGAGAAGACGUGGCCGUGGACGACACAGAGGUAGAAAGUGUGGUCGAGGUCAUAAAGGGGAAAGACAAAGAGGAAAUCGCCCCCGGUUAGGCUUUGAGGGUGGCCAAACUCCAUUUUAUUUGUCUAUACCAAAAUACGGGUUUAAUGAGGGACAUAGCUGCCGACGUCAGUAUCAUCCACUCAGUCUUCAGAGGCUGCAGUACCUGAUUGAUUUGGGUAGAGUUGACCCUACGCAACCAAUUGACUUAACACAGCUUACUAAUGCUAGAGGUGUAACAGUACAACCUCUCAAACGGGAUUAUGGUGUCCAGCUGGUGGAGGAGGGUGCUGAUAUCUUUGCAGCAAAAAUAAAUAUUGAAGUGCAGAGGGCAUCUGAAUUAGCAAUUGCAGCUAUAGAAAAAAACGGAGGUGUUGUUACAACUUCGUUCUACGAUCCAAGGAGUUUAGAGAUUUUAAUUAAGCCAGUCCCUUUUUUUCUGCGUGGCCGGCCUAUUCCAAAGCGAAUGCUUCCCCCUGAAGACCUCGUGCGUUACUAUACAGAUGCCAGUAAUCGUGGGUACCUGGCAGAUCCAUCUAAGGUUGCAGAAGCCCGACUUGAACUUGCCAAGAAGUAUGGUUAUACCCUACCAGACAUAACUAAGGAUGAGCUCUUCAAAAUGUUAAGUACGCGCAAAGACCCUAGGCAGAUAUUUUUUGGUCUUGCUCCAGGAUGGAUCGUAAACAUGGCAGACAAGAAAAUUCUGAAGCCAACUGAUGAGAGGCUGCUAAAAUACUACAGCUCGUGAAUUCAGGACUGAAGACAACUGCAGGUGUACAGGAAACAUCUGGGUAUGAAAUAAUGGAUACAAAGUGGUGUUUUUUUUUUUUAAGACUCCUGUUAUACCAGACAAAACAAAAGUUUUUGUUUAUGCAAUCUACUGGUGUAGCUUUUGCUCUUUUUGGUUGUCAUAAUAAUGUGUAUGAAAAGGUCUUAACAUUUGGAAGCAGUGUGGAGUCUGAAAUAAAGCAUGUAUUUGGGCACUUUCUCUUGCUAUUAUUUGCCUAUUAUAUUUUUUUCAGAAAAAAAUUGUUUGGAGUUUUAUUUUUCAGUGGAUGUUUCUGAAGAGUAGCUUGGCUUAAUAAUUAGUUUAUAUUCUUUCCCUUCAAUCAAAAAAUCUGAAAUAUGCUUGUGUAAAGGAAAUACUAGUUUUAAAUUGUUAUACAGCAUUCCAAUUAAUAUUGUAAAAAAUGUUACCUUGAACGCUUCCAAAACAUAAACUGUCAUUUUUUCUUGGAUGGAGAAAAUAAAAUAACACUGGAAACCAUUGAAGUACAGAAGAAUUAAUUAACCUCUUCAAGUUCAUAGCAAUGUUCUGGAUUUUGCCACUGCCUAAAAAAUCUCAAUUUUCUUCUUUUUUUUUUUUUUUGUCCUGUAGUCAUUGCUUCAGAUGGAAUUGAGAAAGCCAUAGCGUGUAGUUUGAAAGAACUUCAUCUGAAUUCCCAAAACAAAAGAUAACUGUCUUAACAAGUGCUUUUAUUCAAAUGGAACUUAAAAGUUGUCCAGAUGCAGAUAUAAUGUCAUUGCUGAACAUGCACAGAAUUCAGUGACAGUGAAUGUUAGUAGUGCAUCCAGUGAUGUUAGAUUAUGAAGGAUGUGUGAAGAAUGUAUGUGAUGGACAAAACAUACAAUAAGGAUUCAGUUUUCAACUUGGUCAGACUGUGUGUGGUAGGAGACUAAUUCAGGUGUUGUAAAAAAAAAAAAAACCUGCAAGUUAGUUCUAUAGAACA